AAGCAGAGCCGCAGGAGAAGAAAAAGCAUUUGGCUCGUUUGCAAAACAAGCAAACGUGCCAGUCAUCUAGCGCCCACUUGUGGUGAAAGUCUUUGCUUUUCCCUAUUUUAACUCAUCAUUGAAGACGCUGUUUUGUUUUUCGGAGAUUCAUCAUGGCGAUGCAUACGAAGGCGACACCGCCACAGAUUCCCGACACUCGUCGGGAACUCUCGGAACUGGUCAAGAGGAAACAAGAACUUGCGGAGACAUUGGUGAACUUGGAAAGACAGAUCUAUGCAUUUGAGGGCAGCUACUUGGAAGACACCCAGAUGUAUGGGAAUAUCAUUAGAGGAUGGGACAGAUACCUCACCAACCAAAAAAAUUCCAACAGCAAGACAGACCGAAGAAACCGAAAGUUUAAGGAGGCAGAGCGUCUGUUCAGCAAGUCUUCAGUCACUUCUGUAGCAGCUGUCUGUGCACUUGGCGGGAUACCAGAUCACAUGAAUGAAAAGCGUGAGCCCGGCAGUGGGACAGAGAGCGACACAUCCCCAGACCUCCAGAACCAGGAGAACGAACCCAGUCAGGAGGACACGGAGGACGCAGAUGGGGCACUGCAGGACCUCAAACCCCAAAAGGCUGCCUCGUCCUCCUCCGGAAGCCACCAUGGGAGCCACAAGAAAAGGAAGAACAAGAACAGACACAGCCCUUCUGCCAUGUUUCAUUAUGACUUUGAAUUCGACAUGAAGGUGAACAAAAAACCCAGAGCGGACUAUUCAACUUGAUGAAUGGGGAUGUUAAGCACUUCAGACCAGAACUGGCCACACAGGAGAAGUCUUCAGUGAAGCAGAGAAUCACUUCUCUGGGCUUUGUGAACUUUAUAUGCCUUAUGUUAACUGACUUGGUUUCUGCUUUGUGUAUAUUGCAUGAAAUGUUGUCCCUCCCCACCUGCAACUAGAAAUAUUUGUGUUUCAUGAUUUUCCUGCAGAAAAGUACAAGGUGUGUAAUUGCAUGUUACUCAAUACCCAGCUGGGGUUAUUGUAUAGUGUUGAACAUUCUAUGUUUAUCAUGUAACUUCACAUUUUCCUCUGCUCUUCUUGUGACAAAAAUAACAAGAUUAUAUUUGUCGUUGUGUGGGUUUGUUAGCUCUAGAAUAUCCCAACUUCUGUUUUUUUGUUUUUGUUUUGUUUAGCAUAAAAUUGUAAUAAAACAUUGAAAUUAUAAAUAUUACUAUAUAUAGUUUAUGGUAAAAAUCUAAAUUUGUGAAGUUCUUGCCCACCAGGAGCAUUGAUAAUGACUUGCUGUUAAUCAAAAUGUCAUCUCUGUCUUUACUCUGCACUCUUCAGUGAUCAUAUAGCAGGGGAAUCAAUAGGGAAGCUAGUUUAUGACCAACAGGCCAACAUCUGUGUCUGACGGCAUCUACUGUCUGGUUUCAUUGUGGCUUCUUCAUGGCCCUGUUACCUGCCACGGUGCUCAGAUGAGUCUCUGUCUCUCUCUCUCUCUCUGUCUCUCUCUCUGUCUCUCUCUCUGUCUGUCUCUCUGUCUGUCUCUUUGUCUCUCUCUUAUUGUCUGAGUCUCAAAUAGCUCCCUAUUCCAUUUAUACGACACUACGUUUGAUUGGUGAAGUUUCAGUGAGUUCAUGGAAAUUGUUUUAGUACUGUGUUCACCUUCAAACAGCUUUAUUCUGACUCCCAAGUACGAUUAAAAUAACUCUGUUUACGCACAAAGAUAUGAAGUCAUUAUGACAUUCCUACAGUGACCGUUUCAGAGAUUUGAGUUUGAUUUCUGAGCAGUGGCAGUUAAAGUGAACCAGGGGGCAACAGGCUGACAACACAUGACCCAUGCCAUGUUGGGGAACAGUGUACUAUAUGCAGUUUAACUAGUAAUUGAACUACAUUUUACAGUAGGUUGGUGGUACUUGAACAAAAUUCAAAUCUUGGUACUGUUUUCAGUAGGUAACUUGUUUUGUUUGUUGUGUAGCUAACUACUGGAACUACACACUUUUGCAAAAGGAAAAUAAAAUGUGGUUGAAGUAG